AUGUUCGCGAUAGCAACUUUAACAAUAGCUUCGGCCGCCGCCGCAGUUUAUUGGUUCAUGAACCGGCACAAACCCAUUAAGCACCUGCUGAGCGAUUUUCGAUAUAUGUUGGACAUGCAGGGAGCCGGCGCUGGAGGCCUCAUCGACGACUGGGUGAAUAUCAGAAGAAACAAAAUUGUGUUACCAGACGCAAGCGGAAAAGUUGCCGUUAUAACGGGCGGGGCUCGCGGAAUAGGCUUGGAAGUUGUCAAAGGGUUGCUCAAAGCGAAUGUCACCGUUAUUAUGGGCAUUCGAAGACCAGAGGCUGCCAAGAGUAUGAUUGAAAGCAUGGAGAAUGGAAGAAACUUGCGCGCGUUCCCACUUGAUUUGCAGUCACUGAAGUCGGUUAAAGAGUUUGCGAAAUGUGUCUUAAAGGAAUUUCCCGAGAUCAAUAUCUUGAUAAACAAUGCUGGUAUAAUGUAUGUAGAUUACAAGUUGACUGAAGAUGGAAUUGAAUCACAAUUUGCUGUUAAUUAUUUAAGUCAUUUCUAUUUGACACAUUUAUUGUUGCCAGCUUUGAAAAAAACAGGCAAAUUAGAAGAGCCUUCAAGGGUAGUGAAUGUUACAUCUUGUGGUCAUUUCCCUGGAAAGAUUUUCUUCGAUGACAUUAAUAUGAAAGAACAUUAUGACACAAUAGCUGCCUACGCCCAAUCGAAACUAGCACAGAUCAUGAUAGCAAGGUACCUUAACAAAUUGUUGGAAAGUGAAGAUGUAAAUGUGAAAUUCUAUUCGGCUCAUCCGGGAAUCGUUGACACAGAUUUAUUUGAGCACACAACCUUCCACCACCUCCCCUGGUUGAAGAAAAUUUUCUUUAAAACUCCUGAGAAAGGAGCCACGCCCAUACUAUAUGCUUGUUUCAACAAAGAAAUUGAAGAAAAAGGUGGUCUUUACAUCAGCAAUUGUAGAGAAGGUAUCAGUAAUAGUUUUUCUAAAAAUGUUAACAAUCAGAAAAAACUGUUCGAUAUUUCCUGUGAGCUAACUGGUAUUGAAACCGAAAAGUUUGGUAAACCUGAUAUGUAA